AUGUCUGCAGCUUCUUUAGCCAUGACCCUCGAAAUCCCUCCCAAGUCACAGUACGAGGGCUCGGAUUACAGGAACGGGACGACGGGUUACAGUGCACGUAGCUUGCUGAAAAGUGCCAGCACCAGUGCAUCUAAAUGCAUAGGCGUGAAACAAAGAGACAAAUCAGAGCACGGAGAAUCGAACAGUGAUACGGUUGAUGCUUUAUCUCAAAAAGUUGAUGUCAAAAUGUUCUACGUGUCCUAA